UGUUAAUCUGAACCCAGAUCUCCCACGGUAAGAGAGAGAUCAGGGUACGAGAUUAGACAAGUAUUACUUUGGUUGUGCAAAAAUAAAAAGUGGCAACCAACCUAAUGUGGUUCACCCGGCCUAUGGAACAAAGCACGGCCUAAAUGCGACUCUAACAGCUUUAUUUGAGAACGCACUCUCGAGUGACCGAGGUAAAUCACAAUAUGUAGCAACAGGGAAAAUAUCUCUACCCAGACGUGUACAAAAGUUACAACGCACACCAAAAGGUCUUUGUCUCAAGACAAUUUUGCGAGGACGUGAAAGGGGACAGCCGACAAGGGGAGGAUCGGAGUAUAUUGGACUUCUUGCUGGCAGCGCACGGGGUUCGCGCAAAAUCACCCACAAUGUAUUGCGGUCGUUGUUCGCGUGCAUUUCGCGCGGUUCUCAAACGCCAGGAAGUGAAAGGGCGAGUAGAGUUUGCCGUUUGUUCUCCGUGCACCUUGGAAGAUCCAGCGAAAAUGACCAGUGAAAAGGCUGACGUGAUCUAUCCGAGUCCCAAGAAGACCAAAUUCGAGCAACUGCGGGCAGAUCAUGAAUUAUUUCUUCAAGCUUUUGAAAAACCCACACAAAUUUAUCGCUUUCUUCGAACAAGAAAUGCUGUUGCGCCGGUAUUUCUUCAUCGCACUUUGUCCUACAUGAAGCAUCGACGAACCAGACCGGCGGCCAAGAAACGACAAAGUUUCAAGCUUGACAACAUGUUGGAGAAAGUUGAGAGUGACAGCAGCAAGUCAGAUGUAGGGGAUCCUCUUGAGAGCAGUGGCUACAUGAAUCUCACCUUUACGGGUUUUUUCCAUGGAUCUGGUCCAGUGAAUGGUGACCUUUCAAACAACAAGAAGAGCACAUUACUGGUGGAAGAUUUUAUCAAGGUUGAUGUGCUGCUCGUGAAAGUCUGUCACAAGAGGAGGAAGGAAAGUGAAUCACAGGUAUUAACAGUUCCACUCGGCCAAGGUUCCGCUCCGUUCAACCCUCGUUCUCAGUUGUUACCAGUCUCCCCAUCCGCCAGUGUUUCUGUUCCUAACGGCACGUUCAAGAGCGGCAAGACGAGUCGUACGUGUAUUCUGAGCCUGCAAGUUAGCGUGCCUUACCGCGUCAAUAACAAAGGCGUUACGAAAAGAGGAAAGAAGAAAAAGAAGGCAGGCGAAUUCAUUGCAGAUGCAGCCGCUGACGAGAACGGUGUUAACGACAAUCUUACCCCAGACGAGCCCCCUCCGAAACGACGUAGAGUCGCUCGAGGCAGUCCCCAGGGGGAGUGGGAUGAUGGCAAUGUGUCGGAAAAUUCGAACUCGUGCGAGACAGAGCACACAGUGUACACGGCAGAACUGAUCGUGUUUGAUAAUAACAAGCACUGUUUGCUUACGGACGGUGAUUAUGAACUGGCACUGAGCGAGAAGCACAAGAGACCUGGCAGGAAGAAGGGAAUACUGUCUAACAGGACCUCGUGGGAGAACGUGUUUGAAGGACAGAUGGGUCCUUUCGAGGUGUUUGCGUACGGCCCCACCCUAAAGUUUAAACUGUCUUGGUCGGGCACUCCAUUGGCGCGGCCUCCAAGGCGCCCAACGUCACUUCCGCUUCGUGCACCGCUGACCAGUCAGAACGUAGCUUCCACAAACGACAUCCGCUCGCCCGCCGAAGAAGCUAUUCGGAAUAACGAAAAUAGAAAGAAACAGCGAAUAUUUUACCAGUUCAUCUACAACAACAACACGCGGCAACAGACGGAGGCUCGCGAGGACUUGUACUGCCCCUGGUGCUCUAUCGAUUGUCGUAGGCUGUACAGCUUGCUGAAACAUCUCAAACUCUGUCACCGACGUUUCAUCUUCACCUAUGCUCCUCACAGUAAAGGAGAGAGAAUCGAUGUUAGUGUGAACGAGAAUUACGAUGGAUCCUACGAUGGCAAACCCGAGGACAUGAACGAUCUGCUAGGUUACGCUCUGAGUCGGGAGGGACCGUGCAGAAGAGUGGCAAAUACACAUGUCAUGGUCUGGAGACCCCAGCGACGAAGAGAAAGUCUGUCGGAAUUCUUGGAACCGGAUGACGGCGAGUUUGAUGGCAGCAGACCUUUCUAUAACGGACAUCAUAGGAUGUACUUUCAUUCAGAGACAACCCUUCCUAUCAGAACAACGGAGAAGGACCAAGACAGUGAAGACGAGACUAUCCCAGAAUGGAUGAGAGUCAAGACAAUUCAGUUAAUCGACGAGUUUACGGACGUGAAUGACGGAGAAAAACAGCUGAUGAAACUUUGGAAUCUUCAUUUGAUGAAGAACAGUUACAUUGCCGACUUCCAAGUAAUCGACGCUUGUCGCUCGUUCAUCGACAAAAACAGCCAAGAACUCAAGGAAAAGAACUUGGAAAGGAAUUUUCUGCUUCACCUUAUAAAUCUGCACGACUUCAACUUGAUCACAUCUAGUCAGAUUGAAGAGAUCACUGGCAAAUUGAGGGAUGUUGGAAAGAGCUUGGUCCAGUGACGUGUUGAGAACAGUGUACUUAACUGUUAGGGGCUAGAUAGUAGACACUGAUAGGGGGUCAUUUAAAGUGCCUAAACACUUCCAUUAAGCUUUGGAGAAUGCUAGUGUUCAAAUACUUUGACUGUUUCUUGGUGUCGCGAGUUACGGAAAGUUCACGGCGACUGUUCACGCCCUAACAACAAAUCGCAGUUCUGAAACGCAACUAAACAACACCAAGGAACAGUCGAUAUUUUACUGAGGAAGCUUAAACUUUUUGUGUCUCGUUGAAGGCAUCUUGCAAAGAGGGAAACAAGCGUCAUUUUUCUGUCUUGUCCUGAUGGUAGUAGGCGACAAGUUUGGUCGCCAUGACGACACGUCAUGUUGCUUAGCAGCAAUUCUGACGUAAACCUGGGGUCCUGGGAAAUCUCUCAGAUGGAGUUCGACCGAAAAAGGUGCUGUUUCCUGAACCUUCAAAAUUGGCGGGAAAACCGUUCUAAAAAUAACCCAACUUGUACAAAGGUUGAUCCAAAGACACUGUAUGGGAGGUGACUCUCCCGGUUAUGUACUCUUGACCAAAGAGAGGGAUAGAUAAUGGUAGUAGUGAUUGUUUUGUUAUGUACAUAUUAGCCUUUUCUAUGUAUUAUGUAUGGAAUUAUUGCAUGACUGUUUAGACUACAAGAAGUUUACACUUUAAUGGUACUUUCACUUGAUGAACCUUCAAUUUGAUAAUCAUUUUCACUUCUUCUUGUACAGAUAGCAAAAAAUUUCAAUGCUUAUUUUUCUAUUUAUUUGAUAUGAAAUGACAUACUUUGGUUGAAGAAAUUUUAUACCCAAGUGAACAAGCUGACUUACAGCAAACUUUGAAUACAAAACGCUGAAAAAUCCACCGAAUUAUACUGCAAACUAUUAUUAAUAUUUCCCCGUGUAACCUUACCGUACUACAUUUUACUGUCGCCAGGAUCUGCUACUUACAUAGAGUUAUCGAGCAAAGGUAGCUUAUGCUUUGUAGAGUGGUUAUUUUUCGCGAGCUUUUUCGCGAAGCAUUUUAAUGAGAUGCAUUAUAUGUAUUAACCAAUCCUCAACAAUUCAAAGCAACACAUUAGGGUCAUGAGAAUAAACUUCCUAAACAAAAA